AUGCCCAGUGCCACCGGGCAAAACUGGGAGAAAUACCAGAAGAACUAUGCCGUUGACGAAGAGCCCGAGAAGAAGAUCACACCCUUGACAGAAGAGGACAUACAAGUUCUGAGAACAUAUGGCGCCGCGCCAUACGCUUCGGCACUAAAGAAGCUUGAGAAGCAAAUCAAAGAAAAACAACAGAGCGUCAAUGAAAAGAUAGGCGUCAAGGAAUCAGAUACGGGGCUUGCCCCUCCGCAUCUAUGGGAUGUGGCAGCCGAUCGUCAGCGAAUGUCAGAAGAACAGCCCUUGCAAGUCGCGCGGUGUACAAAGAUCAUACAGGAUGAGAAAGAUCCCGAGAAAAGCAAAUACGUUAUCAACGUCAAGCAGAUUGCGAAGUUCGUCGUCAACCUUGGGGAACGAGUGAGCCCUACAGAUAUUGAAGAAGGAAUGCGCGUUGGUGUCGAUCGACAAAAGUAUUCUAUUAUGCUCCCAUUGCCACCAAAGAUUGAUCCUAGCGUGACGAUGAUGACGGUUGAAGACAAACCCGAUGUGACGUACGGUGAUGUAGGUGGCUGUAAAGAGCAGAUUGAGAAACUCCGAGAAGUGGUCGAAAUGCCACUUCUGUCGCCAGAGCGCUUCGUCAACCUUGGAAUCGACCCUCCCAAAGGUGCUUUGCUAUACGGACCUCCAGGAACCGGAAAGACGCUAUGCGCACGAGCUGUUGCAAACCGAACGGACGCCACUUUUAUCAGAGUUAUUGGAUCCGAGCUAGUACAGAAAUACGUGGGCGAGGGUGCUAGAAUGGUUCGAGAACUGUUCGAAAUGGCCCGGACAAAGAAGGCCUGCAUUAUCUUCUUCGAUGAGAUCGAUGCCAUUGGUGGUGCUCGGUUUGACGACGGCGCUGGCGGCGACAACGAAGUUCAAAGAACCAUGUUGGAGCUUAUCACUCAACUUGACGGUUUCGAUUCGAGAGGAAACAUCAAAGUCAUGUUUGCGACCAACCGACCUUCCACACUCGAUCCUGCCCUCAUGCGACCCGGCCGGAUUGACCGGAAGAUCGAAUUCUCUUUGCCCGACCUCGACGGUCGAGCCAACAUUCUCCGAAUCCACGCAAAGAGUAUGUCUGUGGAGCGGGACAUUAGGUGGGAGUUGAUCUCACGACUGUGCCCGAAUGCGACCGGUGCCGAACUACGCAGUGUCGCGACAGAAGCGGGCAUGUUCGCCAUUCGAAGUCGUCGCAAGGUGGCCACCGAGAAGGACUUCCUCGCCGCGGUGGACAAGGUCAUCAAGGGCAACCUCAAGUGGAACAGUACGAGUGCUUACGCACAGUACAACUAG